AUGACGACCUCAGCACUCCGCGAUCAAGAGAAGGCGGUCGGUAUCACUGCAUUCGUCUCGCCAGACGCACCAGGCUUCGGCUGCACGAUCAAGCAUCGCUACACCGACUUUCUGGUCAACGAGGUUUUACCGGAUGGCACUGUGCUUCACCUCACCAGCGAUGCAGUGAAGAGGGUGAAGAAGCAGGCGCAGGAAGAGGUUCCACAGGAUGGCGGCAUGCAGGAGGUUAAGAGUGAGGUCAAGAGCGAGGUCACUGAUGGAAUGAACGGUGUCACCGCUGAGGGCUCUACUAAGAGGAAGCAGCCCGAAGGUGAUGAUGCUGUUGCGGAUCCACCUUCGAGCCCAAGCAAGAGGCAGAGAGUCGAUGGUGGUAAAAACACCGCCCCGCAGUCGAAUGGAGAUGCUGAAGCUGCCCAGAAGCCUGAAGCGGACCCAAAUGCAGACCGCAAAGCUCAAAUCAUCUCCAACGUCACCGACCAGGACAAGAGCAGACUUCAUGACAUUUUCGGCGAGAAGACGACUGACCGCAUCCUCCAUCUCUACGCCAGCAUCAUCAUGCAUCCCGAUCGCAAGCCUCGAGACCAGCCAGUCAUCCAUUCAGAAGUGAUCACAGAGAAGGCCAAGCGGACUGAAGCACACGUCGCUGUACGACAGGUCUUCGCCUCAAAGAUAUCCACCGAGACGAUCCAAGAUUCGCCCGGUGUCAUCGUCGUCAGAGCUAUGCCGACCAAAGGACCAACCGGUGCCCGUGCACCAGCUGGACAAUGGGGUAAUGGCGCGAUCUCCAAAGGCAAGCUCGGGUGGGAGGAGCUCGGCGGCGAGUACCUUCACUUCACGCUUUACAAGGAGAACAAGGACACGAUGGAGGUGUUGUGGUUUCUCGCGUCACAGUUGAAGAUACCGGUCAAGAACUUCCAGUUCGCCGGCACUAAGGACAGGCGUGGAGUGACCGUGCAGCGCGUUGCUCUAUAUCGCGUGCAUGCCGACAAGAUCAAGGGGCUGAACAGGUUUUCGAGAGGCUGGUGGUUGGGCGGCUUCGAGUACCAGAAGCAUGGCCUUGAUCUGGGAGAGCUUGGUGGCAAUGAGUUCUUACUGACGCUAAGAGACAUCCAAGUGGAGGGCGUGGGCAUUCUCACACCCGACCAGAAGGUGGAGCGAGUGAAAGAGAUCGUCCAGCAAGCGACCAAGUCUUUCCGGGAGCAUGGCUACCUCAACUACUACGGACUACAGCGCUUCGGCACUUACACAACUGGCACUCAUGCGACCGGCCUGAAGAUGCUGAAGGGCGACCUCGAAGGCGCUAUCAACUUGAUCCUCACCUAUGACGACAAGCUCCUACCCGAGAACGUGGACACUUCUGCUGAAGGUCGCACUCCGCAUGAUGACAUCAACCGAGCAGAUGCUAUUCGGAUUUACCGCGAGAGGGGUGGAAUCACUGAGGCUGUCAGGAAGAUGCCGAGACGCUUCCAAGCCGAGAGUGCGAUCAUCCAGCAUCUAGGCAAGAGAGACCGCAGGUUGAACGAACAACCGCAGAAGAACGACUGGCAGGGUGCACUGAUGCAGAUCCAAAGGAAUCUGAGACUGAUGUAUGUGCAUGCCUACCAGAGUUUCGUCUGGAACACUGUCGUCGGCAAGAGGUGGGAGCUGUACGAUGGCAAGGUUGUGGAAGGAGACUUGGUGAUUGUGGGCGCCAAGGACGACAGCAAGCCCGUCAAGGAGGAAGUCGACGAUCAGGGAGAGCCCGUCUUCCAUCCUGCCGCAGAUGACAGUGCGCCAACGGCAGAAGAUCCGUUCACUCGCGCACGUCACUUAUCAAAGGAGGAGGCUGAGAGUGGCAAAUACGACAUCUUCGACAUCGUGCUUCCGCUGCCGGGCUUCGAUGUGCUGUACCCUGCCAAUGAGGUCGGCAAGUUCUACGGGGAGUUUAUGGCUUCUGAAGAGGGCGGUGGACUUGAUCCGCACAACAUGCGUCGGUCGUGGAAGGACAUCUCGCUGUCGGGCGGGUAUCGCAAGGUGUUGGCACGUGCAGGUGAGGGCCUGGACUUCGAGAUCAAGACUUAUGUGACGGAUGCGGAGCAGAUGGUGGAGACGGAUCUGGAGAAGUUGAAGAAGCAGAAGCAUGCAAACAGGGGUCCUGCUGCGGGUGGAAGCAAUGGUGUCAAGGCGGAAGACCAGACGGAUGAGGUGAAAGCUGAAGAGCCUGCGAAUGAUGUGAAGUCUGACGAGCCCACGGAUGAUGUCAAAGAAGGAGAGCAAACGAAUGGCAAUGCUGCUACGGAUGCUGCUAUCGACGCCGUCGAGCGGAAGAUUGCAGUCGUGUUGAAGAUGCAGCUGGGCAGCAGUCAGUAUGCGACGAUGGCUUUGCGGGAGUUGACCAAGGGUGGAGCACUCAACUACAAGCCGGACUACUCUAGCAGAUAG